CGCAUGCGUCAAACAAUAGCGGAGGCAACAACAACGAGUGAGGUUUAUCAAUAAUAUAAUUUAACGUUACACCACCCUCGUUAGAUUAUCGUUAUUGAUUGACUUAUAAAUUGAACUUUAAAAAAAUACAGUGAAAAAUAAUACUCUGCGACCGAAAUCCUUCUGACAAUUUGUUGUAGAAUUCUUAGAAAUAAGAGACAAUGGCCGACAGAGCAAUAGCAAUAUACGAAAGUUUCGAAGAUUCAUUGCAAUGCAGUCCAACUUUGUUAGAGAGGUCAUUUCACACGUUUUCAUUUGAUCGCUAUAUUCCUUUCCGACCGAAUUUAAACGUAGACCAUGCUCAUUUGAAAGUAAUUUCAACCAACAAAGAGAACCAAAAUGGCAAUGGAGUGCGCCGUCUUAGUACACCUUGUCUGGGACAUAGCGAUGCCGAAAAUUACCAGAUUUACUUGAAUGCCGCUUUAGAAAACAACAAUGAAAACGUGCUUCCAUUAACGACGAAAAACGGAAUUAAAAACCGAAGAAGCUCCGUCAGUUCCCCGCCAUGGCAGGUCGAUGUCGAUGAUGUUUUCUUCUCAUCACCAAAACGAAAGAAGCGAAAGUUAAUUACAAGUCCGUCACGGGUCUUAGAUAUGCCUGGCCUACGAGAUGACAUUUAUACCAAUAUAUUGGAUUGGAACUGCAGUAAUUACCUGGCUGUAACUCUGAAACAAACGGUAUACGUGUGGUGUGCUGAGAAGGGCACCUGUCGGCGGAUUCGCGUCAAUUUCUCCGAAUACGAGCGCGCGUUUCUAACAGCUUUGUCUUGGAACCUGAGCGGGAAAUCUUUAGCCGUUGGUACGAAUGGCGGCGAAGUACUGCAAGUUGAUCCAGCGACCACGUGUAACCGGUGCCGUAUUAACUCAGCGGCUGAUGUUUACUCUGUUGUUGACGAUGUUUUUCUAUGUGGUUCGAUGGCUGGCAACAUUUGUUUGCACGAUGAACGACAACCAACGGAGGUGGUCACCUACGUAGGGCGACACAGAUCUGUCCUCAACUUGAAAUUCUCACCGAGCGAACACUACCUCGCUAGUGGUGGCGACGAUGGUGUAGUGAACAUCUGGGAUAUCAGGAAACUGGCCAAGUGCAACAAGAUAUUUGCUCACAGCGUCACUAAGGCUUUAGCAUGGUGUCCAUGGCGCUCAAAUGUUUUGGCAACUGGAGGGUAUGAAACGAAUGGAUCGAUAAAACUGUGGCAUGCUCCAACAGGGAAAAUGCUCCGGGAAACUACAGUGAAUUCCAAGGUCUGCAAUCUUUUAUGGUCGUCAGAUUACAAAGAACUCGUAACUGCGCUUGCUGGUACCAACUUCCCGAAUCUUAUUGCCAUAUGGAAGGAUCGUACUCCUGAUAAUUACGAAUUAGUGGGCACACUACGACAGCACGAAGCGAAACCACUCCAUCUGGCGCUCAGCCCAUCGGGUUCCACUCUUGCUUCGGCAGGUUCAGAUGAGAUCAUGUGUUUAUGGGAUUGUUUCCCAUGUUUACGUAAAGGAUCACAAGAGAACCUCUUCUCGCCGAUUUCCUUCUUGAAAACUAUUAGAUGAGAGCCUGUUAACGAAGAUACGAUAAGCUAUUAUUACAGUUUUUUUGUUUUGUUUUUUUUUUUGCCUUUUGUUACGGAUUUCAAAUGUUUUAACUGUAAAUUCAGUUAUUUUUAUUUUUUUCCGUUUACUUGUUUUUUUUCUUGUUUUUGUACCUUUUCGUAUUUAUAACAUCUUGUCUGUUUACUACUACUCCUCCUAUUACUACUACUACUACUACUACUACUUGUAAUUGUCAUAGUUAUAUAAAAAGCAGUGAAUUGAUAAAGUCAACAGAUGGUCUGAAAAAAAAACGUCAUAUCUUACACUACGUUCUGAGAUCGAAUCAUGGUGACGCUGACUUUGCUGCUUUGCUUUCCAUUUUUUUUGUCGGGCGGAUUGUGGGGUGAUAAAGUACCAGUAAUACAGUUGUACCGUUUUAGUCGAUUACACCCAUCCUUCCCCCGCCUCCAACUGUGUACAUUUGUCUGUUAUGUCAUCAAACAAUUAUUGCUAUUAAUCAAUACUUAUUGAUUAUUAUUAUUUUUUUUUUAGAAAGAUGGAGAUUUGGCUGAAUUGUUGUAGCAUCAGACAAAAUACCUUGCGGUUUUUGUCCUUAUUUAAAAUCCCUCCCAGAUCAUCGUUGCUUUUCAUUCCUCCGGGGGUCGCUAAAAUAAAGAACCAGACAAAUACUGGAGACGAUGCUAUCAGCUAAAAGUCUACCCCUAAAAUUGUUAAGUUUCUACAAAAUUUGAAGCUAUUAUCAUGUAUAUAUUAUUAUUAUUAUCAUCAUCAUGUAUAUAUAACUAUGUAUGAGGACAGCAGGCUGGCAGAAUGGUUAGCAUGCUUGACAAAACGCUUAGCAGCAAUUCUUUCAGUUGUACGUUCCGAGUUCAAAUUCGGCCGAGGUCGACUUUGUCUUUCACUUUUAGGGGUCGAUAAAAUAAGCACCAGUCAUAUACUGAGGUCGAUCUAAAUGACUAGCCCCCCCCCCUCCCCUAAAAUUUCAGACCAUGUGCUUAUAGUAGAAAGGCUUAUCUAUCUAUCUAUCUAUCUAUAUAUAUACACACACACACACACACACACACUCGUAUCGUUGCUAUUAUGAAAAAGUGUCGUAAGUCCAAAACGUUGCUUUUUCGGAAAACGAAAGAAAUAG